AUGCAUGCAGCUCAAGAAGCUCUUUCCCUCGGGGAAGCUUCUUGCCCACGCAGCCGAUUGCCUUCUCCAGCAGUUCGAAGCGAAGAUGCUCAUCGCGGGACGGCAACACCCUUUUCACCAGCACCUCCAGGAGCAGCAGCAGAAGCUGAAUCCUCCCUUCCGCGACGCUCAGAGGCUGCUCCUUCGCCUGAAGGGCUUCUGGAGGAGAACUGCGCAUUGCUGCGUGCUGCAGCUCCAGGGAACUCGAAACGACGCAGGAAACCUUUCGAACGGGAGUGCUCCCCACCUGAAGUGCCUCCCCCAAGGAGUUCCCCUGUGUAUUCGCGACCUCCAGACGCUGCAGUUGCUCUCGCUGCGCCUAUGGAAGUGGUGGCUUCUGCCGCGGCUGCAGCCACUUUAGUCCUUCAGCAGCAACAGCAGCAGCAGCAGCAACGCUUCGCGGAAAAAUGUUCUUUCCCUUCUGCUGCUAUUCCUUCUGCUGCUUUUCCGUCUGCUGCUAUUCCUUCUGCUGCUCCUCCUUGCAGCUCGACUUCAAAAGCGGCAAGUGCAGGAGGAAAAGGCUGUGCUCUGUUCCCGCAUGUCUGGCUGGUGUGCGAGGAGAAGACUCAGGCUGUCGCUGUGGCUGCAGUGCUUCGACGGUAUCUCGAGCUCUCCGUCGAGCCGCUGCAACAGGAGGAGCCGCAGGAAGAAGUGCGAUUUCUGAGCUCUUCAAAGGAGGUUUGCUGCAUUCUUCAGGAACCCAUCACUCUUCGGCAGCGUCAGCAGCUCGUGGGGUGUCUGCGCAAGAAAGUGGUAGCCGUCUUUACGCCCUCCGCCUUUGCCGCUGUUGCUGCAGCAGCCGAGGCAGAGCGCAGUCGUCAGCAGCAGCAAGAUCUGCAGCGAGACUUGCAGCAGUUCGAAGCUCUAAAGCGGCAGCCCCUUGAGAGCGAGAAGCUGCAUGCAUCCAUGGCGGCGGGAAAGAAGAGCAUGUUUCAGCAGCAGCAGCAGCAGCAACUAAAAAUCAUGGAUUCAUGCUCUCUGUUGGUGCUGUUAGAAGCCCCCAAACUCCUCAGAGACAGAGCAGUCGCUGCGGCAGUCGAAGCCUUUCGCAGCACUAACAACAGCAGCAGCAGCACCGACACCAACAACAGCAGUACCAGUGACACCAACAGCAACCAAAACACCAACAGCAGCACUAAGUGCAUGGUGUGUUGCAGCAGCUUCCUGCCGUCUUCUGUUGAGGAGCUCCACCAGUGGCAGUCUGCCGUCCACGCAUCGACAAUCGUGUUUCCUGCUGCUCCUCAGAAUCCACUGCCUCCUACUACCGUUUUCGCCGAUACAGAUAAGUGGCAGAGGCAGCGACAAGCUCUUCAGUUCUUGCAGCUGCUGCUGCGGAAGCGCCUCGCUCGGUGCGUUCGCCACUUCUUCUUGGAAGACGGGCAACUGUGGCUUCAGCUGUUGGAGCAGCAAAAGCACCAACAACUCCAGCAGCAACUUCAGCAGCAAGAGCAAUCAACAGGCACGCCUGCAGUUCUCAGGAGGCAAGCACAGCCUCUUUCGACGCACGCAGCCGCUCAAAGUGCAGAAACCUUGCAGAGUAAUACUUCGACGAAAGAGCCUGCAUGCCUCGCAGGCAGUCGCAGCUGUGCUACUGGCAGGAGCAGACCUCUCUCGCGAAGGUGUGGGGGCAGCUCGCUGGAUCGCUACAAGCGGCUCGUGGAGGCUUUCAGCAUCGCGCUCAUAGCAGCGACAGGCACUCUGCGUAAGCAGGGAAUCCUGCGCAUGCCUCCCGAAGCGCAGCAGCAUGUUUUGCGGUGUCUCAGUGUUGCAGAAGCAGCCAUCACCAAGGACUGCAUCCAGGCAGCGCGAGAGAGGGUACAUGUCGCAGAGAAGCAGCGGCAACAGUGGGGGAACGUCAAGAAGGCGUCUUUGCCGCUGUCUUUAGUGCAGCGAAGCAGCAGCAGCAGCGGGCAGCAACAGAUCCUCGUGAGUGAGUGUCGAUUCGCCAUGAUGCUGUUGGAGGGCAGAGAAGUCUUGAACAAGGAGGGUCCUGUGGGAACGCUUGAGUACCUCCUCGCGCACGCCACAGCAAGCAGCAGCAGCAGCAGCAGCAGCGGCAGCAGCAGCGGCAGCACCUUAGCGGAGGCAAUGGAGAGGCUUUGGAGUUACAGGGAGAUGCAGGAGCUGCUCGCCGCUGGGCAUGCCGCAGCGUCAACAGCCGCAGCGCGCAUGCAGCAGGCAGCGGGCUGCAAAAAAGAUCUCUAUUUUGGACUUCUCAUGGAAGGUGUGCUGUUGCUGCUUCAACUCUUUCAUCAGCACUCCAGCUGCAACACCGCCAACACCUGUAGCAGCGUGAGCAACUUGUCUGCGAUGCAAGGCGUCGAAGGCGGUGUGCUGCUGCUCACAAAAUCAUCUGAGGAGGCAGCAGCAGCCGCUGCUGCGCUCCAACACGCUGCGGGGAAAGCGGCAGCCUCUAACUUCACUGUUGAGCUGCUCCCGCCUUCUCCGACUUUUGCUGCCUCCGCCUCUACAUGUGGAUCGGCAACAACAGGCUCCACUUGUUCUCCAAAGCGACUCCCCGCAGCUGCAGCAAGAGACGCUGUUGCACCCCUUGCUGCUGCAUGCAAUGCUGCUGCGGCGAAAGCACCGACAGCUGAGGAGGUGAAGGCUGCUGCUGCAUCUGGAAAAAGUCGUUCUCUCGUUGUCUCGCUGUGCACGAAUCCUACGGAAGCCCCCAUGAGUGCUGCCGCUGCUGGGGAGGUGUCUCAGCUCGCCGCAAUGCUGCUGCACGCUUCGACAAGCGGCCCUUCAGAUCCAGCAGACGCUGAAAGCUCACACUCAACAGGCUGCUUGCUGCUGUCUGGGCGUCGGCUACUGCCAGUGAAGUGCCUCUUCACAGCCGACACGCGGGAAGCUGCAGCUCACUUCGCCGCGCAACAGGAGCAACAAGCGCAGCAACAACAGGAAAAACAGGAGCAACAGGAGCAACAAGAGCAGCAACAACAGGAGCAACAG